UCAUACCUUUUACAGUGUUUGACUUGACAUACGGAGUAAUUAGCUAGUCCAAAUAGCUUGGUCAGCUUGGUUAGCUGCUAUGCUAGUUAGCAGCUAGUAAACAGUGGAUAAUACAUAAACACUAUGAUGGCCGGGGUAACACCAACAACGUAUGCAGCAGUUAUUGUUUUGUGACACAAUCAGAGGUAACAUCAUGAAUAUCGUUCGACUUCUGUGCCGUCACAAGACAGCCCUGGCCAUUGGAGGUCUCUGCCUAUUUGUUGUGAUCCUUCUGUUUCUUGCCAAAUGUACCUCUGAGACAUUAAAGCCAGCGGACUCCCCGGGAAGGGCACCGCGGGCAGAGGCACGAGCCGAACGCCCAGAGGCCGCCCCUCGAGCUAAGGAACGCUCAGCCUUCCUGGUUGUCCUCAUUACUACUGGACCCAAAUACACUGAACGCCGUAGCAUCAUCCGCAGCACCUGGCUUUCCAAGCCGGACCCUGAGGUGCUUGCUCUCUUUGUAGUGGGUACCGAAAGUCUGCCGGCAGAAGACCUCCAGAACUUAAAAACGGAACAGGUACGCCACCGUGACCUCCUUUUACUUCCGGAGCUCCGCGAUUCAUACGAGAACCUUACCCAGAAGCUGCUUCAUAUGUAUUCGUGGCUGGACCAAAACGUGGACUUUAAGUUUGUCUUGAAGGCCGACGAUGAUACUUUCGCCCGCUUGGAUCUCCUCAAGGAGGAGCUAAAGGCCAAGGAGCCCAGCCGGCUUUACUGGGGCUUCUUCUCCGGCCGCGGGCGGGUCAAGACUGCCGGCAAGUGGAAGGAGAGUGCCUGGGAGCUCUGCGACUACUACUUGCCUUACGCGUUGGGCGGGGGCUACGUGCUGUCAGCUGACCUGGUACACUACGUGCGCAUCAACGUGGGCUUCCUCAAGACGUGGCAGAGCGAAGACGUGUCCCUGGGCGCCUGGCUGGCGCCCGUGGACGUACGGAGACUUCACGACCCACGCUUUGACACAGAGUACAAGUCGCGUGGAUGCAACAACAAAUACCUGGUCACGCAUAAGCAGAGCCUGGAGGACAUGCUCGAAAAGCACCAGACACUGCAAAGGGACGGGCGUCUGUGUAAGGAGGAAGUGAAGCUCAGACUCUCUUACGUUUAUGACUGGAGUGUGCCACCCUCACAGUGCUGCCAACGCAAGGAUGGCAUCCCUUGACCUUUUUUUCCCCCCAAUACUUGUGCUGUUACACAUUGUCACUCGCUAUUUAUUUAUUUAUUGAUGGUGUCUCUGUGCUUGACCAACACAUAGC